CGCGCAACCGUCUCCGAGCGUCGCGCUCGUUCGCAGUCCGUCAGUCUAUCGGCAACCUGCGUACCAUUCGUGUCGUAGUGCUUACGUAACAAUAUUAUUAUUAUUCUUACUUGCCUGGCCGGUGUGUUCGUUCAUUUAUAAUUGCGGUCCAUGUUUUUUCGUUUUCACACUCAAUCGACUCGUCUUUUAUUCGGUCUCUCCGUUAACCUCUCACCUGAAUCGUCACACGUACACACACAUACGCAUACGUAAAACCGUUCUACACAUACACACACAGUCACACGCAUAUAAACAUCAGCAGCUCACAAGUACAAACGACGGUCGCACGCGGCGCGCUCCGAAAAAGAACAGAAGGAAGGAAAACGCGCUAAUAACGUCUUCCGCGAAUCGCCGUUUACCUGUCUACGCGCAAGUCGUACGCGGAUACACGUCCUCCUGGUCGUCGUGGACAUCGAUUGCUGACACGAUUAAUCGUAUCGUCGACGAAGCGGCGACGCGUCGAGGGAACGGAGUGGGUUCGACACCUUACCGGCUGUACCAGGGCAAUCCCGGCGAUAGAUGAACAAGUGUCGUCGACGAGCCCACCGUUGUAGAGCACGUUCUCUGGGUUCGGCCCUCCUCCACGGGCACGGUGUAUCGAUUGCUCUAAAAUAGACGCGUGGGAACACCUGCAGGCUACAUACACAUUCUACGUAUUGCUCAGACUGUCUCUCUCUCUCUUUCUCCGUCCCGCCUCCCCCCUCUCUUACUUUCUCUCCGUCAUUGGUCUUUCUGGACGCCCUUGCAGCGUGUGACAGGUGCAUCGAGAAGCCGAUAGCAGCACCGCGCUGUCGUAGGGCUGGAGGUGGUGGUGGCGGUGGAGGCGGCGAAGAAGAAACGUAACAGGAAGCGGAAGAAGAAGUGAAAUCCAACUGGAUAUUGCGAGCAAGAGAGAGGGGGAGAACGGAAGGCAACGGAAAGCGACAAAGGGAAGCUUGAAGGGAAAAGGUGGAGAAGGAGGAAGUAGGCGAAACGCCUGAGUUUUCUCUUACGAGUAAAGGGUUAUCCCCACUGAUACGUCCUGGAGGCGCCUGUCGUCUUCGCCGGUACAACCAUAACGCCGCCCGCUUUAAAACGCCCGAGACGGGAUACGGUGGAUUCCUCGCCGCCACCCGCUCGAACCGCAGCACCCGGAAAUCCCGGACCGUCAAGCAAACUCGCUUGCAUCAUGGACGCGCCGCUCUCUCAGAGUAUGGACUCCGUCAACACGGUGGCCACCGGCGAAGACGAGGUGCGCACCUUGUUCGUAAGCGGCUUACCGAUGGAUGCCAAGCCAAGGGAGCUGUAUCUGCUGUUCAGAGCAUACGAGGGGUACGAGGGGUCCCUACUGAAAGUCACGAGUAAAAAUGGGAAAACAGCGUCGCCGGUGGGAUUCGUGACUUUUCACACGAGGGCCGGUGCGGAGGCGGCGAAACAGGACCUGCAGCAGGGGGUUAGAUUCGAUCCUGAUAUGCCACAAACCAUACGUUUGGAAUUUGCAAAAAGUAACACAAAGGUUAGCAAACCCAAGCAACCAGCCGCUGCAGCAGCCACCUCGCACCCUGCUCUGAUGCACCCUCUAACUGGACACCUAGGGAGCCCAUUCUUCCCUGGUGGUCCUGAAUUGUGGCACCAUCCACUGGCGUACUCGACUGCUGGCGAAUUACCCGGCACGCUGCAACAUGCGACGCUGGUCCAUCCGGCGUUACAUCCUCAGGUCCCCGCGCCAAUGUCUAUGCCGCAUCCUACGACGCUGACGUCGAUACACGCCUCGCUGCCCCAUUUCUUACCUUCGCCGGCACUGGCAUCGCCGGUGGGUUCGCCCUCGUCUCAGCCGAACAUAGCCGUCAGCAAUGCACCGUGUUCCACCCUCUUUGUGGCGAACCUUGGCCAGUUCGUUUCUGAGCACGAGCUCAAGGACCUCUUCAGCAGACUCUAUUAGAUGGAUGUACGCAGACUUGUGUGACUGGCUGUAGGUCGCUGAACUUGACUUAAAAACGACUGCCACCCUAUACGGUAAAAAUUAUAACAUUCCGUAAUAUAAAAAAAAAACCGAAACUGACCUUGAAAUCUCUGUAACUAAUAAGGAACAUCAUCCAAUCGAUACUUUCCGAUUUUUGUAAAACUUGACUUACAAAUGGAACACUGAGAAAUCUUUUAAUUGAUCGAUAUUCAUAGUUAAAGGGUGAGAAGUACUUUCCAAAGUUACGAAUCAAAUGUUUAUUCAGUUACAUUCAUCGAAAACUAAUUAGAAAUCAAUGUUAGAUAGCAAGAAGUUGUUCAAUGUGUAAUAUUCCGAAUUUUUAUGGAUAUUUUACACAUUUUUCUUUUUUCACUAUUCAUUCGAAAUUUAAAAAGAAAAUUGUAAAAAAUGAUUUAGAUACUUUUUAACGAGAAUUAGUUUCUACAGAAUAAAGUUCAUCGAUUUUUUCUCUAUCUCUUACAGUAAAGUAAAUCAACAAUGAAAAAGUUUCGUUUUUAAUAGCUAUUCAGAUUUAAUUGGUUACGGUGGCGUCAACUAUGACUUGAAAUAUUAAUGCAAAGCUUACAACUGUUCGUCAAAAAUCAUGCUACACUCAUGUCCAAUUUAUUUCCAAUGUGCAUCAGUUUUUGAGAUAUUUAAUGCAACAGGUAUUUCAUCCACAAUUUUAAACGUACUUUUCAUCCAUUAAAUAUGAAUAUCAACCAAUGUAAAAAGCACCGAUGCAACAUUCAUCAAUGCUCUCCCACUCUACAUACCAAGAUUCAUAAAAAUAGAAAAUAGUCAAUCAUGUGAUGUUUGUCAAUAUUCACAACAAAACAGACGAUUCCACCAUGUACGUCCCCUUUCGAACAGACAUAUGUAAUUCGUAGGAAGUAACACCCAAUUGGUCGUCAAAUUUCAAAAAUAAUCGCAUCGAUCGCAUCCUAAGAACAAUCCUAUUUGUAUUGUACAAUUACGAUACAACUACUUGAUUGCAUUUCACAGAAAAUCGUUGGAAAUAAU